UUGAUAUAUAUGUUAAAAAAACAGAAACAUAUUUGUUGCAUAGGUUGCCACAAUAGCAAUAAACUACAAUGAAGUAAACUAUAUAUUCACGCAUUUGUAAAAAAAAAAAAAAAGUAAACUAAAGUUUAACAAAACACGAUUUACGUCAAAUUUCAUUUUUCUCAUCACCACUCAUAGCUCGACCCAGUACUCCACCACCAUGGCUAUGAAAAACACCGUCGACCCCAGAAGCGGUUUCAACUCACUAACUAAGACCUUUCAAAGCCUGAGACCUCCCAUGCUUCACCUUCCUCUCGAACACCUCCCUCUCUCAGCAGCCGAAUACACUCUUACCCUUCUACGCAACUGCCCAUGGAACUGGCAAGACUCACUCGCCUUCAUCAACUCUGACACGGGUCACCGCCUCUCCUAUGCCCACUUCACUCGCCGGGUCCAAACCCUGGCAGUCAAUCUCCAAACCCAGAUUGGCCUCACCAAGGGCGACACUGCCUUCGUACUAUCCCCUAACUCGCUCCAAGUUCCGAUCCUCUACUUCGCGCUACUCACUCUCGGCGUCGUCAUCUCUCCUGCCAACCCGGUCAGCACCGAGUCAGAGAUCGCCAGACUCUUCCAGCUCAGCAAGCCGGGCGUCGCCUUUGCCACGUCAGCAAUAGCUCACAAGCUCGGAGGUUUGAUCGGAACCAUAAUCUCGAUGGACUCUCCCGAGUUCGACUCGCUCGUGACGACGGGUUCGACUCGGGAACUGAACCCAGUCGGAGUGAGUCAAUCCGACGUGGCAGUGAUCAUGUACUCGUCGGGGACUACAGGGAGAGUAAAGGGAGCGAUGCUGACUCACCGCAAUUUGAUAUCGCUCGUGGCGAGCUUCGACGCACAAGCGUGGCGCGUAGGGAAGACGGCUCCCGGUGUUUUGCUCAAAACGGUGCCGUACUUCCAUAUUUACGGGUUCAUUAGCUUCAUCAAGGGGGUUGGGAUUGGUGAUACGGAGGUGUUGAUGGAGAGGUAUGAGCUGAGGAAAAUGCUUAAGGCGAUAGAGGAGUUCAAGGUGACCACGGCGGCGCUAGUGCCGCCGAUUGUGGUGGCUCUGGUGAAGGGUAGUACUCAGUUAAUGGCGGCCUAUAACUUGAGCUCAUUACAAACGGUGGCUUGCGGUGGCUCCUCCCUAAGGAAAGAGAUCAUUGAGGCUUUCAAAGCUAGGUUUCCCAACGUAGCUUUGGCCCAGGGUUAUGGGCUUACUGAGACGGCGGGGGCAAUUUUCCGGCCAGUAAAUCCGGAAGAAAGUCUGCGGUGGGGUUCAUCGGGAAAGAUAUCAGAAGAGUUUGAAGCCAAAAUAGUGGAUCCGAAAACAGGUGAUUCUUUGCCUCCCUGCAAGGAAGGAGAGCUUUGGAUUAAGGGACCCUCAAUAAUGAAAGGUUAUAUUGGUGAUGAUGAAGCAAGUAAGGCAGCCAUAGUAGAAGAUGAAGGAGGAGAGAGGUGGUUGAAGACGGGAGACUUAUGUUACAUCGACCAUGAAGGCUUCCUUUUUGUCGUCGAUAGAUUCAAAGAGCUAAUCAAAUACAAAGGAUUUCAGGUGGCUCCGGCAGAGUUGGAACAAUUGCUUCAAUCCCACCCGGAGAUAAUUGAUGCUGCUGUCAUACCAUAUCCGGAUGAAGAAGCUGGUGAGGUACCAAUGGGUGUUGUGGUACGGAAACCUAACAGCAUCCUUGGGGAAUCAGAAGUAAUGAAUUUCGUAGCCAAACAGGUGUCACCAUACAAGAAGAUAAGGCGCGUGGCAUUUGUGGAUACCAUACCCAAGAAUACAUCUGGAAAAAUUUUAAGAAAUGAGCUACGCAAGAUUUUCAACCCACAUCAAUCUUUCUCUAGAUUGUAA